UAUGCGUGAAUUCGAAUCGCGCAACUCUUCACAUCCGUCGGCACAAGACAAGUCUUGAACAUAACCAGCAAUCACCGUUUGCCAAUAGAAUCAAAAUGACGACCACAGACUGUUACACAGGUGUUGGAGAUGGUCAAAAGAAUAGUUCAAGAGUUCUGAGACCUCCAGGUGGUGGCUCCAGUGAUAUUUUUGGAUCUGGUUCUGUAGGACACACCAAAUCUGCUGCAGAAGAACAAAAGCAGAAUUCUGCAAAAGCUGCUGCAGGUUCUAAUAUAUUUGGUGGGCCAAUUGACAACACUGACGACGCGUCUUCAGUUAGACAUAUCAACAGGAAAGCACAGCCAUCCAGUCAGUCAACUAUUUUUGGAGGAGCACCUUCAGCAAAUGCAUCAGAUUUGAAGAAAAGAGAUAAAGAGGAGUACAACUACACUAAUAAACACCAUGAAACAAAGACUAAAAGUGAAGAAUUUCCUGCUUAUGAUAGAUCUGUAUAUGCGGCUCAGAUGACCCCUCAGAGAAGGAAUAUUCAGCAAGUUUCAAGCUACAACCCAAUAACAAAUGAAUCCUAUACUGACCAAGAAGAUCCACAAGACCAACAAGCUACAGCGAAAAGACGUGGACAAAAUAAUGUUAAUCAAGUCUCCAGUUUUAAUGUCAUCACUAACCAAACAUAUGAAGAUGACAACAGUUAUCAGCAAGCCACACCCCUUAAACCUGGCAAAAGAACAUUGAGUAAUUCAAAAGACGAAGGAACUUAUAACCCAAUAACUGGAGAACUUAUCGGUGCAAAGGAUGAUGCACCACAGAGAAAUUCCUCAAGAGUUAUAAACCCCCCAGGUGGAAAAUCAACAGGCUUAUGGUGAAGAUAAAUACUGGUCAAGUCAACAGAGUCUCAUUGAUAUAUGACUGCUUGUUCUUAAUUUAAUAUGCAAGGGUUAUGACAUGCUCACCAAGGGACUAGAAAGUUUUAUUUGUAAUUGUUUGAGACUUGUGUUGAAUCUGGUUGUUUAUAUUGUUUCUAUAUUGUAUAAAUGUGAAGCUACCUGACUUCCACAUCAGAAAUGUAAAAUAUGGUCAUUUUGAAAAUACUGGCAGGAUUCAAUAUGUCAGUUAAAUGAGUCUUUUCUUGUAAGAUAUUAAAAUCUAUGACUGAUUGUUGUAGCUUGUAUUUUUUGCUGUCUGUUUGGCUGAAAAGAAAUGAAAUAUGUAUAUAGCUCCUUCCUUUUUGUGAGAAAGUAUUACAUAUUUACUUUCAAUUAUCAAAUUAACACAAGAAAUCUUGGAUCAGAUUUCAGCAUUUUUUUCUAGGGAAGAAGAACUGGGAUGUAUAUAUACCAAACAAAAACACUGACAUAUUUUUUCCAACACAAAUCAAAUGAGUAUGAUUUGUAAUUACAGCAUAACUUGUGCAUCAGUCUUUUCAGUGUAAAUAUUAGCUAUUAAGAAUUAAUGGUAUUUAACAGAUUUUUGGUCUGAAUGAAUUGGAUUUGUUGUCAUAUAUGAAACUCUGUUUUUAAUUGUGUUCACUUUUAAAAUUGUUAACAUUCCAUUGCCGUGUAAAAAAAAGUACACCUUGCAUAUGCACCUCAAAAGUGAAUAAAAAACAAUUGUGAAAUUUUUUUUUUUACUUGUGGGAAUUUUAGCAGAAGCGUGGUCAUCUAUUAAAAAUGGUGGGAUUCUGUCUUUCUAGGGAGUUCUUUUUUUCAGAUUUGGAAGUCAGAAGACGAAUGUUUAAGCAGAUAUAUUGUGAUAUUUAUUUAUUGUCAAACCAACCCUAUUUUUAUACUGUAUGUGUAUAGACUUGUUAAAUAGCAUAGGGAUCAAGGUUUUCAUUUUAAUUACAGCUAACCAUAUAUCUUUUGUGUUUACUCCAUAACAAAUGCUCCAUGGUGUCUUCAGUUUUUUUUUUCUUUUAAAAUUUUUGUGCUUUGGAAUCUCAAAUUUUUAAGAUUUAUGUUUAUUUUGAAGAUUGUACAAAGUACAGCUGUGGUAGAAUUAAAAAUUAUUUUGUUUGUUUACAUUUAAAAAGAAUAGCAUUUGCUUUUUAAAUGCUUUGUCAGAAUAAUAUCUAGUGUUCAAUUUCAUGAUAUAUAAUAGAUCUGUACAUGUUACCCUUCUAAGAUAAAUGUUUGCUUUUCUUAUAUAAAUGUGUAAAUUUUAACAUGAUCAAAAGUUUAUUCAUAAGUGCAUGUAUUUUAAAAUGUCUUACUGGCAUUUAAUUUGCCAAUUCAGAAUAUUAUGAACAGUUUCAUAUAUUAUACAUUCAAAUGGUAUAACUUGAAUUUAUUGGCUUAUGGCCAUUGUUUUUGGACUUUUUAACCAAAAGAAGUGCUUAAUAUACAUUUUGGGAUUUUUUACCAACAAAAAUAGAAUUAGGAACUGUUUUCAAUUAAAACGUUAUGAGUUUUAUGCAUGUAACAAAUGUUACCAUAAUUUCUUAUAUUCUGAAAUGGCAAAUUGUUCAUAUAUAAUUAUGGUAGCAAUAUAUCAUCUUUGCUGCAAGAUGAGGUGCAAUAAAGAUAUUGUUUAAUGUCAGCAUUUAGGUACAUCUUCUCACACUUAGUAACGUGUUUGUAGAAUAUAUUUUGCACCUUUAUAGCGUCCUUGCCAUUAUGUGAUUAGCCAAAUGUUUUUGACAUAUAUCUGCUCAGGGCGAUAAAGGUUUUCUUUGAAGAAAUGAUUUAAAUUUUGAAUGGAUCUAUUUAUUCAUUUAUUUUAGUUUUUCAUCUCAGUUUUUGUGUUGCUUGUGCUGAUAACAUGAUUUAUAACAGUAUUGACAAACAUCAUGGCAAUUUCGAUCUCAUGAAGACAAUUUGAAAAAUAUAUUUGAUGAUACAUACUUGAUAGGCAAACCCACCAAUGAAAGCCAUUUAAAAGUAAUAAAGCAUAUAUAUUAUAUACACAUAAUCUUUAAACUAUUUUUGUGUUCCAUUGUUUUCAAAAAUAAUUGAAUUAAACACAAGAGUGCAUUUGUAUGAGAAAAACACAAUGGUGAUUUUUUUUUUUAAAGCAAUAAAAUAUGAACUGAAUAUAUUUUGAAGUUUGUGCUUAAAUGGAAUGCUUGGUUAUGAUUGUUGUAAAACACUGUGAUUCACAAGUGCUUCUGAAGAAAAUUGUAUUUAUUAUUUUCAAUUAUUAGACUAAGCAUAGAUAUGAACUAGAUUGCUUAAAGUAAAUUAUUUUUUCUAUUAUUAUUAAUUAAUUUUGCAGUUAGGAAAAUUAUCAAAUUCUGCAGGUAAAAGAUGAAAAUUUGCCAAUAUUUGAGACUGAACCAUUAUUUGUUCGUAUUGUAUGGUAAAUGUUGCUGCACAUGUUUUUUUGACAUUUGAUAUGAUUUUUGAGGACCAGUGCUUUAUGUUUCAAUUCUUUUUUUACACCAAAAUUAUGUUAACAUCUAACAAUACAAAAACAUAAUAAAAAAAACUUUACCAAAGUAA